GCUCUUUCUAAAUCUUCCGUAUUUGGGUGAGGCGCUGAGCUAACUCCCAACUCCCCUCACCACCUCUGCAUCACCGGAUUCACCACUACUACCACCACCGGUAGCAGCGGCGACAGCAGCAGCGGAAGCAAAUAUGCAGGCCCUCCAGUCACCAACACUCCGAGUUUCUCCACUGGACCCUCUCCGCAAGCAAUCUCCUCAACUCACCAAUAUCAAGCCCACCACCACCACCAAGAAGAACCCUUCUACUCUGAUCUGUGCUGUAGCCCCAACAACAUCAGCCCCCAAGAGAGAGACUGACCCCAAGAAGAGAGUCGUCAUCACGGGAAUGGGUCUCGUCUCCGUCUUUGGAAACGACGUCGAUACCUAUUACGAUCGUCUCCUCGCCGGAGAGAGCGGCAUUAGUCUCAUCGAUCGGUUUGAUGCUUCCAAAUUCCCAACCAGGUUCGCUGGCCAAAUCCGGGGGUUCACUUCCCAGGGUUACAUCGACGGCAAGAACGACCGUCGCCUCGACGACUGUCUCCGUUACUGCCUCGUCUCUGGCAAGAAGGCCCUCGAAAAUGCUGGCCUUGGUGGCGACAACCUCUCCAAGAUUGACAAGGAGCGAGCUGGUGUGCUUGUUGGGACAGGAAUGGGCGGCCUUACAGUGUUCUCUGAUGGUGUUAAAGCUCUAAUAGAGAAAGGUCACAGGAAAAUUACUCCAUUUUUUAUUCCUUAUGCUAUAACAAACAUGGGGUCUGCUUUGCUUGCAAUUGAACUUGGUUUCAUGGGUCCAAACUAUUCAAUCUCGACUGCUUGUGCUACAUCCAAUUAUUGUUUUUAUGCUGCUGCCAACCACAUCCGGCGAGGUGAAGCUGAUCUAAUGAUUGCUGGUGGAACUGAAGCUGCAAUUAUUCCCAUUGGGUUAGGUGGAUUUGUUGCAUGCAGAGCUUUGUCACAGAGAAAUGAUGAUCCACAAACUGCUUCAAGGCCUUGGGACAAGGAACGAGAUGGCUUUGUUAUGGGAGAAGGUGCUGGAGUGUUGGUAAUGGAGAGUUUGGAGCAUGCAAUGAAGCGUGAUGCACCAAUUAUUGCUGAAUACUUGGGAGGUGCAGUUAACUGUGAUGCUUAUCAUAUGACUGAUCCAAGAGCUGAUGGACUUGGUGUUUCUUCAUGUAUUGAGAGCAGCCUUGAAGAUGCUGGUGUGUCUCCAGAGGAGGUUAACUACAUAAAUGCACAUGCAACUUCCACAAUUGCUGGUGACCUGGCUGAGGUGAAUGCUAUUAAAAAGGUAUUCAAGAGCACUAAAGAGAUCAAAAUAAAUGCAACCAAGUCUAUGAUAGGGCACUGCCUUGGUGCAGCUGGAGGCCUAGAAGCCAUUGCUACAGUGAAAGCCAUUACUACAGGGUGGUUGCAUCCUAGUAUAAACCAAUUUAACCCAGAGCCUUCAGUGGAGUUUGACACUGUCGCAAAUAAAAAGAAACAGCAUGAAGUGAAUGUUGCCAUUUCAAAUUCUUUUGGUUUUGGAGGACAUAACUCAGUUGUGGCAUUCUCAGCAUUCAAGCCUUGAUUGUCAAUCAUAUUUGAUUCGGGAAGAAAUAAAAACAAAAAAUCUUGCUUAUCCAAGAAUUCCCAGAUUGUAUCUCUUAUAGAGGCUAGCAUAUCCCUUAAAUCUGAUUUUCUCUUUAAAAUUGCAAUUUUGUAGUAGUACUCAAACCAAAUUAACUUUCACAGCUUUCUGUAAUACAUUUUAUUAGUUUAAGGGCCGGUAUUUAGUGCCUAAUUUAAGAAUCUGCAAGACAUUUUACUAAUUGUUAA